GUGAUCAUCUUAGAACCGCUUUUCGACUAUCAUCGGUACCAUCGAGUAGUACUGCAACCAACAACAGUGUUGUCUCUGUAACAUCGGGUUCGUUGCCAAUAAUGACUGUCCAGAAACUUGGCGACAGUUUACGUAACACUGCCAACAGUGUUAUCAACAACAACAACAUCAACAGUAAUGUUGUCCAUCAAAAUGCCAACAUCUUUGCUAACGGUAUUUCAUCAAAUUUCACACUAAACGGCAAUAGUAUAUCCACGAAGACAUCAAAGACCAGACGUCGUGUGGCGACAAUUGCCCAGCGAAGAGCUGCCAAUAUCCGGGAAAGGCGUCGUAUGUUUAACUUGAACUCGGCUUUCGAUAAACUGAGGAAAAAGGUGCCGACAUUUGCCUAUGAGAAGCGAUUGUCAAGGAUUGAAACCCUACGACUGGCCAUUAUGUACAUAAGCUUUAUGUCUGAAACCAUCAAAGGUGGAAAAGAUCCGUGCUUUGAGUCGCGCAUACCGUUACAUACAAGCGGUUCCCAUCAUCAGAAUCAUCAUCGCGACAGAGACGGUCAUCAUCUAUGGAAUGGUAGCCAUUAUUCAUCGUUCAAUACAUUUAGUGAUUCAUUUCAAUCGACAAGAUUUUGA